AGUUUUAUCUUCCAUUAGGAAAAUGAAAUAAUUGUUUCUAACAACUUGGAUGAAAGUAGUGAAAAGAAAUGUGGUGAUUGGACUGAUUCUACAAAUAAUAACAACAAUAGCCCCAUAUCUCAGGUUUCCGAUUCAGAACUUUCAAAUCAUUCGGGUCUUCAAAAGAACAAAGAGCAGUCAAAGCAUAUUAAUUCAGGUAUCAUUAAACCAGUUGUUCCUCCUAAACCAGCAUUACCAGUAAAACCUAUGUUAUCUCAGCGUCAAACUCAUAGUACUACCAAGGAUAAAAAUCUAGAUGAAAGAGAAUUAGUUAAUGUGGCCUUAUCUGUUCUUCAAAACAAAUCAUCUGAUCAAGAAAAAAAUGCAUUUAGCAACUACAGAGAAAGAUUGCUGUAUUACCAGUGUGUUCCUAGGUAUUCUAAAGAUGCUUGUCCAGAUCAGUCUUCAGCAAAAAGCAAAAUUGUUACAUAUUUUCCUAAGCCAUCUGAACCAAGUUCUCAACAGGAUACUAAAUCUAAUGAGAGUUUUGAUCAUAGUGAGAGUCCUAAACGUAAAGCUGCAUUUGGCCAGCUUCCCAUUAAGCCCAAACCUCUUACUAUAAGAAAAACACCUGGUUUAGAACCUCCAAAGUUAAAAGUUCAACCAGUUGUAAAUACAAACUUAAAUCGUAAAAUUAAUGAAUCUCAUCUUUUGUCAGCUCAUUUGAAAACAUCGAUAAGUCCGUCUUUUAUUUCAAAUUCUAUUGAAGACAGCUUUGUAGAAGACAAAUUAAAACCAGAGGAUGUUAAAGAUUUAGAUGAGCCACCUACUUCUGUUGAAAUACCACCUUUAAAAAGCUCUUCUGAGGAUAUUUCCCCUAAAACUGCUGAAAAAGAAGAGGUAAUAGAUAUUUGGCAACCAAUGCAGCCAGUCAUAGAAAAAGAAAUAAGUCCUGAAAAGUAUGAGCUGGGAGAAAUCUGUAAACUUGAAUCUACUAUAGGUUCUGAGAAACAAGAAACAGAUGAUGUGAUUACUGCAGAUGAAACAGAUGAUGCCAUUUCUCACAGUGCUGCUCUUCGUAGAAUAAAAAAAGGCAAUUUGAAGAGUGAAGGUUCAGUUCGCCAUUGCCGUAGAGUUAGUUUUGAUCCUCUUGCAUUACUAUUAGAUGCUGCUCUUGAGGGCGAGUUAGAAUUAGUUAAAAAAACUGCCAGUGAAGUUCCUAAUCCCAGUGCUGCUAAUGAUGAAGGAAUAACAGCUUUGCACAAUGCCAUAUGUGCUGGCCAUUUUGAUGUUGUGACUUUCCUUGUUGAAUUUGGUUGUGAUGUUAAUGCUCAAGACAGUGAUGGAUGGACUCCUCUUCAUUGUGCUGCAUCUUGUAAUAAUCUGCCAAUGGUGAAAUUUUUGGUUGAAAGAGGAGCUUGCAUUUUUGCUACUACUCUUAGUGAUCAUGAAACUGCUGCAGAAAAGUGUGAAGAGGAAGAUGAAGGUUUUGAUGGUUGUUCUGAGUAUUUAUAUAGUUUACAAGAGAAUUUGGGUGUUAUGAACAAUGGAAUUGUUUAUGCUGUUUAUGACUAUGAAGUUCAAAAUGCUGAUGAGCUCAGCUUCAAGGAUGGAGAUAUGUUAACAGUUUUAAGGAAAGGUGAUGAUGAAGAAAGUGAAUGGUGGUGGUCUCGCUUGUUAGAUGAAGAAGGCUAUGUACCUAGAAAUUUAUUAGGGCUAUAUCCACGUGUGACGAGUAGAAAAGCUUAAGAAGAUUUCUACAUAUUUAAGAAUCUCAAAUGUUUGUGCCUUUCAAGUGCCAUGAUCUUCGUAAAGACCUAGGAGUAUUGCAGAUAGUGCCAAACAGGCCCCUAGUUGUCAUUCCGAAUUUCAGCUUAUUGCCGUCCUUUUGACAUAUAUUAAAUUUUGUAGCAUUGCUGAAACUUUGCCAUCAUAUAUCGUACCUGUUUUCAAAUAUGUGCCUAAGUAUUGUUUUUUUUUUCUGUGUGCAUGUGUGUGUGUUUGUAAUUAUGUGCUAUGUUUAUGGAUGAUUGACCCAAUGAAAUUUGCCAUGUGUAAUAAAGUGCCUGAAAUUUUAAAUAAGACAAUAAAGUUUUUAAUGCAUCAUA